CCAAGUAUAGGGCUACCCCACUCGAUCACAGGUGGUUUAUAAGUGUGUGGUUCGCUUGGUUUGAUCAGAUUUUAUUCUGGACACCAUCAGGACAUCUCUACACUUGGAAAGAUCGAACACGUCAUCAUGAUGAAGUCGGUGGUACUCGUCGUCCUCGCCGUAGUCGCAGCGGUCAACGCACAGAAACCGAUCUGUUCUCCUCCUCAGUAUAUGGGUGGGCUAGGAUUCACGAUCGGCCAGACUGGUCCCGACGGCAGACCAGAUGGUUUUACACUGAAUGAGUACGGUGCUUGGGACUUUGCUGAGAGAAGACUUGGUCUUAACCUCGAUAUCCUUUACCCAAAUGGAACUGCCUACAACUUUCGUAUUAUCCAGGACUACACCACGGGAACACAGUUUACUAUUUUUGAGCGUUACAGGUUCUGUGCCAAGCAGAAAGCACCUAUGCCUGAGCCAGAAAAUUGUAUCCCAGGCAACACCAGCGUAGCUUUCCGCGGGUUCCUUGGCGCUGGAAAGGACCGACUCGACUACGAUCUCUAUACCAUGAAGCUAACCAAGGAGGAAACGGGUAAUCUGGAAGGAGAAGGCACCUUCAGCGUCGUGAGGGGAACCGAAUACGACAUCCCUCUCUCAAACAGUUUCAUCGGGACUUACUUCGAUGGUGAAACCCCAUAUGCUCAAGUGUCAAAUGGAGGGUAUUACAAUAUCGAAAUUGGGAUUGAUGACCCAAAGAGAUGGUUCGACGUACCUGAUUACUGCCCUAAGGAACUGACCGACCUGACAAUGAUUCCAAAACACAUUCCCAAAUGGACUUGGAUUCGUCUUCCUGCACCACGCCUCUUUUAAAUUUCCAUUAAUCUGCAGCCGAAAUUACUUUACUUACCUGUGUCAAUCCUAUUACGGGUGAAAGGGUUUUAACAUAAUCCCAGUAACAUAUUUUCAGUUGUUAUCAUCUAUUAUGUGAAUGAAUUAGCCUGAUAUUAUUUAUUUCUUCGUGUGAUUUUGAUAAUGAUUUAUAUUAUAUUUUAUUUUUUAAUCAAAUAAUCUUCGCAACUUUAUUAUUAUGUGUUUGAUAUGAUUCAGUUGUAUCUGUGAAUACAUAUUGAUUCUCGAUCUUGAUUAAACGAUUAUUUGUAAUUUUUUCAACGA